CACGCCCCCUCUGCCCUGCGGGACUCGCGAGCGACGGCGGGGCGGAACCUUUCUGGUGACCUUUCACCCCAGCAUGGCUGCGCCCGUGGGACCCGUGAAGUUCUGGCGACCGGGUACAGAGGGGCCAGGUGUCAGCAUCUCUGAAGAGAGACAAAGUGUCACUGAAAACUUUGGGACAACUGUCGUUUACAAUCCUUAUGCUGCUCUAUCCAUAGAACAACAGAGGCAGAAGCUGCCUGUGUUCAAGCUUAGGAAUCAUAUUUUAUACUUGAUAGAAAACUAUCAGACCGUGGUGAUUGUUGGAGAAACAGGAUGUGGGAAAAGCACGCAGAUUCCUCAGUACCUGGCAGAAGCUGGCUGGACAGCUGAAGGAAGAGUGGUCGGAGUGACCCAGCCUCGAAGAGUGGCUGCUGUGACGGUUGCAGGGAGAGUAGCUGAGGAAAGGGGUGCAGUGCUGGGCCACGAGGUGGGCUACUGCAUCCGCUUUGAUGACUGCACUGAUGCGCUGGCGACGAGGAUUAAGUUUCUUACUGAUGGAAUGCUGGUCAGAGAAAUGAUGGUUGAUCCAUUGUUAACGAAGUAUAGUGUUAUCAUGCUAGACGAAGCCCAUGAGAGGACCUUGUACACUGACAUUGCCAUUGGCUUACUAAAGAAGAUUCAGAAAAAGCGAGGGGAUCUUCGGCUGAUUGUGGCUUCAGCCACUCUGGAUGCAGAGAAAUUUCGAGAUUUCUUUAAUCAAAAUGAAACUGGUGACCCAGCCAAGGAUACAUGUGUGAUCCUGACAGUGGAAGGGCGAACAUUUCCGGUGGAUAUCUUUUACCUGCAAAGUCCUGUUCCAGAUUAUAUCAAAUCAGCUGUGGAAACUGUAGUGAAAAUUCACCAGACAGAGGGAGAUGGAGACAUACUAGCUUUUCUUACUGGCCAGGAAGAAGUAGAAACUGUUGUGUCUAUGCUAAUUGAGCAGGCCCGUGCACUCGCUCGCACUGGGAUGACAAAACACCUUCGGGUUCUCCCCAUGUAUGCAGGACUGCCUUCCUUUGAGCAAAUGAAAGUGUUUGAAAGGGUAUCACGAAGCGUCAGAAAGGUGAUUGUGGCCACCAACGUGGCAGAAACCUCCAUUACAAUCAGUGGCAUUGUUUACGUGAUCGACUGUGGCUUUGUGAAGCUGCGGGCCUACAACCCAAGGACAGCCAUCGAAUGUUUGGUGGUGGUGCCAGUGUCCCAGGCGUCAGCCAACCAGCGGGCAGGGCGUGGUGGACGCAACCGCUCAGGAAAGUGUUACCGCCUUUAUACAGAGGACGCCUUUGACAAAUUGCCUCAGUCCACAGUUCCUGAGAUGCAGCGUAGCAACUUGGCCCCUGUCAUCCUACAGCUGAAAGCACUAGGGAUCGACAACGUCCUCAGGUUCCACUUCAUGUCACCCCCUCCAGCACAGUCGAUGGUUCAAGCUUUGGAGUUACUCUAUGCUCUGGGAGGUCUGGACAAAGACUGUCACUUAACUGAACCACUUGGGAUGAGAAUAGCAGAGUUUCCUUUGAAUCCCAUGUUUGCCAAAAUGCUGCUGGAAUCAGGAAAUUUCGGCUGUUCUCAGGAAAUUCUAAGCAUCGCGGCCAUGAUGCAGAUCCAGAAUAUCUUUGUGGUCCCCUCAAACCAGAAGUCACAGGCAAUUCGAGUACACAGAAAAUUUGCUGUCGAGGAGGGUGACCACCUCACCAUGCUCAACGUGUACGAAGCAUUUAUCAAACACAAUAAGAACUCCCAGUGGUGUCAGGAACAUUUCCUGAAUUACAAGGGGCUUGUCAGAGCUGCCGCCGUGCGAGAACAGUUGAAAAAGCUGCUUGUCAAAUUUCAGGUGCCCAAGAAGUCCAGCGAAGGUGAUCCCGAUCCGGUUCUGAGGUGCAUUGUCGCGGGAUUUUUUGCAAACGCAGCAAGGUUUCAUUCUACUGGAGCUUAUAGAACUAUCCGUGAUGAUCAUGAGCUGCAUAUCCACCCCGCAUCAGUCCUGUACGCAGAGAAGCCACCUCGCUGGGUUAUCUACAAUGAAGUCAUUCAGACCUCCAAGUAUUACAUGAGAGACGUGACUGCCAUAGAAUCUGCAUGGUUGCUGGAGCUGGCACCACACUUUUAUCAACAAGGGACGCACCUGUCCCUGAAAGCCAAAAGGGCCAAGGUCCAGGACCAGUGAGCUGAGCUUGGCGGUGGAUGCAGGGACUGCUUGGGAUCCUCUCUCCAUGCUGCUCCCUGUCUCAAGCAGGGUGAGCAAGCACUAGCUCAGGUGGAAUGUGCGGCCACCCAUCAGCCCCUUUUCUUGCUCCCCUCAGCACUUGUGGGCCCUGCUGGGAUCACAGAGGAGUGUGCAUGAGCAGGUUUCUGUCCUGCAGCGCUGCACUCAGGCAGAACGGGAGCUGGGAAAGCACUGCUCUUGGGCCCACUUGCUGCUCACUCACCCAGCAUGCCAGUCCAGCAGCCACUUGAUCCUGACCCAGCUUUGGGAAGAGGAGAGUUAGUCAUGAAGGCUGAAGCCUGAGUGGGGCGGACAGGUUUGCUGGGGUCCUUCGCUUUCUCUGCUGUGACCCUGGCUGUGUGGACUAAUGAGAUCCACUGUGGAUAUACACAGCUGGUAUCUAGGAAGAAUGGGACCUUACAGCUGUUGGGGAUUUCCACCGAGAUAGGCAAGGAAUAGGUCUUUGUGGUACAGGGGCUCACACACCAAGAAGCUCCUGCCUUUUUUGAAUUUCCACCCCUGCUUAUGUGUGGCCAGGAGACUGGUGAUUCAAAGGAGACUCCUGUGCACUCACUGUUAGCCCAGGAUCUCUUCCUCACAAGUGGGCUUAGCUUUCCUUCAGACAUGAUUCCGUGUCCUGCUGUCGCUAGCUGGGCACUGGUGACUGUUCAUCAGCUCCAACCCUGUGUGCUCCACUGUAGCAGGAAUUCACUAUAGUUUAGAUGCUCUAAACUUCUGUAGCUCAGGAACAUAACUCUUGUAUAUUGGUCUUUGUUUGCUUGCAUUCUUGCAAGAACAUGAGGGGGUGGCUCUUCCAGCAGGCACUGGGUCAUGGCCACCCUAAGGCUGCUUUGCUGUGGUAAUGACUACAUUUCAACACAUAGUGAUACAGGUUUUCCCCUUACUGUUUCAAUGACAUUUAUUUUUAAACAUGUAGCUUGAAAAUUUAUUUUUGUUCUGGUUUUAGUUU